AUGGAUUGCAUCAAGCAGUCGGAACACUCACAGCUAUCUUCAUUGUCCUUAUCUCGACUCGAGGACAAUAAUCCAGAAGAAUCGAAACGACUUUUUGAAGCAUGUGUGAAUGAUGGCUUCUUCUAUUUGGAUCUACGGAAUCACAAACAAUUACUGGACGACUAUGACGCACUGCUUGAAAUCAUGAAAACCUACUUUGACCAACCUCUGGAUCAAAAGAUGAACGACGAUCGCAAAAGUGAUACUGUCGGCUAUGAACCCGUCGCAACCUCUGCCGGAGUACUAGAUGGAUUACCAGAUUACUACGAGACUUUCAAGGUCUCGUGGAAUCAACUCAGAGAUGGCGCUCCAGACAUCCCCGCCGUUGUCGAAACUAAUGUCGAUGUGUUCGAUCGCUUUGCGAAGUAUGUCCACAGUAUGCUUCUGAUGAUAUUAUCACGUCUGUCGGACGCGAUGGGUCGCCAUGGUAACAAACGCUUUGAAGCUUGUCAUAGAGAUAGCAGUGUUACCAGGACGAACCUCACUUUUCUCAAAUACCCAAAGCAGGAUACAACAGAACACGGCGUAGGCCACAACAGGCAUACGGACGUUGGCACCUUGACAUUUCUUCUCAGUGGGCAGUCUGGUCUGCAAAGACUCACAUCAGAGAGUUGGUGUCACGUAGAGCCCCGUCCAGGUUUUGCAGUUGUCAAUGUUGGUGACUCGUUGAGGUUUCUUUCGGGCCGUGUACUGUCGUCUAUCAUACACAGAGUACUGCCAGUCGGCCCACAUCAAACUGAAGACAGAUACACACUGGCAUAUUUCUUGCGCCCUGAAGAUGAGGCAGUGUUCGAGGACUGUCAUGGGAAUUUGAUCAGUGCAAGAUCAUGGCAUGAUCGCAAGUUCGACCAUUUCAGAGAAUCCCACGACCAACAGAAGAAUGACUCCAUCUUGAUGGGGGGUAUGGAGGAUAAUCAGAAGUUCUUACAGUAUAAGUUCCAGGCUUAG